GAGCAGGAAGUACCCCAUCCCUCUGGUGCAGGGAGAGACGGAGGCCCCACUGAGGAGGUGGCACUUGGUGCGAACCCUGAGGGAGGGAGUGAAACCCACAGGCGGGAGUAGAGCGAGGAGGAGGGCAUCAGGCAGAGAGCACUAUGACUAAAAGCUCAGAGGUGGGAAACCUGGAGGGGUUUGAGGAACAGCUCGUGUUAGGUAGAGCUGCUGCGCAGACCCAGUGAGGACGGCCUCCUCAGGUGUCUGCAGACUCCAUCCCACAUAAUUCAGCAUCUCCACGGGGCAGCCACCAUGAUCUCAGCAGACUGAUGAUGGGAGAAAAGGAAACUGGGAGAGCCCAUUCUUCUGCUUCUCUGGACGAUGGAUGGAGGACAGCCUGUCCCUUCACCCCUAGUGCCCCUUGAGAACGCAUCAGCAGAUUCUAGCAUGUCUCUGGAGCAAAAAACCACAUUUGUGUUUGUGAUUUUGUUGUUCAUUUUCUUGGGCAUCCUCAUUGUCAGGUGCUUCCGGAUCCUUCUGGACCCAUAUCGGAGCAUGCCGACCUCAACCUGGGCUGAUGGACUUGAAGGGCUGGAGAAGGGGCAGUUUGACCAUGCCCUUGCUUAGCAGAGGGGAGGCAGGAUUCCCCUCCUGAAAGGGGGAAGUGUGGCAUGUCUUGGUAAGAAAUUCUCUUUAGUCAAUGUUCUCAACAAACUAAGUUUUAACAGCACCUUGUCCUAGACCUCCCUCAUUUAUUAAACAUGCUGUUCAGUUAAAAGCAUUUGAAGGAUAUUGGAGAUGAAGGUUUAUAACACUCUCCUAAAAUAGGAAGCCUUGGAUUUCCAUGUUGACUCAGUGAAUGAAUACUGCUGAACGUGUGCGAUGGUGAAAGCAAGAGCAUCAGCACUGACACAAAUUUUGCCAUAAAAUGAAGCCCUCUCCCACCCAACCAGAGAUUGAAGAAUGGAAAGGAUCUGAAGCAAAUCUGGUCACAGCACCAUGAAGAGGCUUUCUUGUUCUGACUGUGUCUCUCAGUUGGCUUAUUUACAUGGGAAUCUGGGUUCUGGGCAGAGAGACUGGGUUGAGUGAACCUGGGGGAGCCUUGGGAAGCCAGGGGGUGGGGGGCGCUUAGCACAGAUGGUUCUAUCCCUGGAAAAGAUGAGUGAUGUCGAUCUCAUUUUAUUUCUCAAGUACAACUGAAUUCAGAGGCUUACGGAGAUUUGCAAAACCUACACCAGGCCAAGUACAUUCUAGGUAUUCAUAUUAAUUAGUAGUGUAGAGGUAGCUAUACAUAACCUGAAUUGACUUUCUUGACGCAAGUGAUUAAAGUAAUGGGUUGUGAGUGCAGCUAUGAGUUGUUGUUUUUGUGUGUGUGUGUGUGUGUGUGUGUUUAAUAAAAAGUUAAUUGUUUAGAAGAGAAGACUGUCACAGUCUUAAGAGGAAUGUAUGUUUGUGACAGAAUAGAGAAGCCAAAUAAAACUUCUCAAGAAACGGUAGUGUCUUCUCUCCUGUUUCACUGAGACGAGUGCCUCGGUGGCCGCGUGUGAUGCUGAGCGCGGGGGACGAGCCAUGUUCGAGAGACAGAAAAAGCUGCAAGGUCAUCGAGUUCAUCCCUCUCCCAUUUCAGAAAGGGCUCCCACACAUUGUCCUGUACACGUACAACCUAUUCUAAGCACUAUUUAAGACCACUGAAAGAGAGCUGUGAACACCUCUUAUUCCAACUUCUCUUGGUAGGAAAACCUUGUGUCUAAACUAAGCCCCUGAGUCCAUAUUUAUAAUCUCUGUCUUCUAAUUUUCUCCUCAGCUAGCCAUCCUAUUUUUUUAAUUAAUUAAAAAAGUUCAAAAAGUCAACUAUGCCUGAAAAAGCAGCCCUUAGUAAAAUUGUUUCCUUGUCUUUUUUUUUUUUUUAAACAUUCUUCGGAGGGCCUCCUGUUCGGAUUUUCCCAUCUCCCCAUGUUCCCCUUGACUUCGUUUUUAAAUUUUUAAAAAUUAAUUAAUUUUUAAAAAAUAACUUCUACACCCAAUGUAGGACUUGAACUCACAACCCCAAGAUCAAGAGUUAUACACUCUUCCAACUGAGUGGGCUAGGCAUCCCUCUUGACCUUUUUAUUAAAAAAAAUAAAUAAAAGCUUUAUUGAAACAUAAUUCACAUACCACAAAAUUCACACUUUGAAAGUGUACAAUUCAGCAGCUUUUAGUACUUUUCCAGAAUUGUAUGACCAUCACCACUGCCUAAUUCUACAAUUCUAUACCCAUUAGUAGCAAUUUCCCAACCCCUUUUUUCCAGCCCCUGGCAACCUU